AUGGCAGGUACUAAAAAGAAAGCCGUGGUAACCCCAAAACGGCCAAAGAAGAAGCGAGAGAAGAAGCGGGACACAGAAAGCCCCUCUGAGGAGCGCCGGAUUGUGACCGUGGGCUUUGACGACAACCAAUACACGGGCUAUUUGCACACCAACAGCCUCGCACAGCGCUACCUUGAAGGCGCCGACUCCAAAUACACCUGGCAGAGCGGUGCCAAGUAUGAAGGCCCCUUCCUGCACAGUGAGAUUCAGGGUCAGGGCAAGUACACUUGGCCAGAUGGCUCCACAUACCAGGGGGACCUUCACAACGGCAAGCGCCAUGGCUUCGGCGUGUUUGUUGCUGCAGACGGGGUCACCAAAUACGAGGGUCAGUGGUCGGAGGGCAAGCGCCAUGGCGCAGGGCGCCUGGUCUACGAUGCGGACGGGAACUCCUUCUACCAGGGUCAGUGGUUCGAGGGUUGCAAGCACGGCAAGGGCCGCCAGGUCUGGCCCAGCAAGAACACCUACGAGGGCGAAUGGCAGGAGGGCCGCAUGCACGGCUUUGGGACCAUGACCUGGUGUGAGAAUGCGCAAAUUGAGGUGUACACAGGCGAAUGGGCGCAGAACCUGCCCCAAGGCCAGGGGAAGUACAUCUGGCACGCGCCAGAUUGCGUGCAGGGCAAGGAAAUGCCAGUGCAGCAGACCAAUAACAGCUUUAAGGGCUCCUGGUCACAGGGUCUUCGGUCAGGCUAUGGGAAAUUUCAGUUUGCCAACGGGGCGAAGUAUGAAGGCCAGUGGACUGACAACAUCAAACAUGGGGAAGGACGCUACACCUUCGAAGACGGCCGCGUUUAUGUGGGCGAGUUUGUUUCAGAUAAUAUGGCAACGCCCAGCAGCCCCGAGGCUGAGGCGACAAGUCAGGCGUUGAACCUGGGCGGAGCUGACAACCCUGUCCGCAGGUGUGUUGACGUAGGUGACUUGGCUGGAUUCUGCCUUCCGAAGGACCGGCCCGUGACGGAUCCCACGGAGUUAACGGGCUACUCAGAGCCUGCGGAUGUUUUUCGGGAGAUCUACAACGUGCUGCUGCGCCAUUUGGGGGACCUGAAGAAGGUCUACGCGAGAGUCCGCCGCGUGGUCCAAUCAGACGGGGACCCAUGGCUCGUCUACACCUAUCAGUGGUGGAUCCUGCUGCGAGAGGUGAACCUCCUGGCGCCGGACUGCUUCUUGGCGCGCGCGGAUCGACGGGUGAGGUGUGGGCCGCGGCAGCACGGAGAGGCCUUCUACGAAGAUAUGCCGGAGCUCAGGCCGCUAACCCCCAGGCCAGUCCAUGCGCCACCAUCCCAUGGAGAGCGCGGCUCUUUGUCAAGAAAGGCAUCGAGAGAUGGGGAUCAAGGGCUAACCCACGAGCAGGAACCCCUGCUCGAGGAGGAUGAAGAUGAAGACGUUGGUGACGACGAGGCUUCAGUUGGCAUGUGCUUGGGCAUGGCUUUGAUUUGA